CAAGGUUAAUCAUUCCACCUAAAACAGAAAGCCCACUCUUGCUUUAGCACUUGGUUCUUCAGCCACAACACGAAUAAUACAAUUUCUACAAAUCUCCCAAGCAAAAUAAAGUGCCCAGAAUCCGAUACCCGUGUUUCAUUUUUUGAGAAAGGUAGUUGAAGAUGCCAUGGGCAACCUCUUUGGCAAAAAUAAAAAGCAAGGAACUCAAAGUUCUAGAAGUGAUAAAGGAAGAAGAAUCUACACCACCACCGUCAAUACCAGAGGCUUACCUUCCAAUAUCUCAACCCAAUUGCCUCAGCGACAACCGCUAUUGUAUCCAACUCUAGAACCGCCGCCGCCGCUACCACCGCCGUCAAUGCCCAGGAAACCAAGUUUUGGAAGAGUUAACUCCAAACAGAGCUCAUCAGUAAUGAAUACAAAACAACCUGCCAAGAAGUAUGCUUUGAUUACUGAUAACUUCACCACCCUUGAACAGGUCACAACGGCCCUGAGGAAAGAAGGAUUAGAAUCAUCAAAUCUCAUCCUUGGAAUUGAUUUUACAAAGAGCAAUGAAUGGACUGGAAGAAUCUCAUUCAAUAAUAGAAGCCUGCAUGCUAUUGGAAGUACACCUAACCCUUAUGAGAAGGCCAUCUCCAUUAUUGGCAAGACUUUGGCUCCCUUUGAUGAUGACAACUUGAUUCCAUGCUUUGGCUUUGGAGAUGCUACCACCCAUGAUCAAGAAGUGUUUAGCUUUCACAGUGAUCAUUCUCCUUGCCAUGGCUUUGAGGAAGUUUUAGCUUGCUACCAGAAAAUAGUUCCAAACUUGAAACUUUCAGGACCAACUUCUUAUGCUCCGGUGAUUGAGGCUGCUAUAGACAUAGUUGAGAAAAAUCGAGGCCAAUUCCAUGUGUUGGUUAUAGUUGCAGAUGGCCAGGUUACAAGAAGUGUCAACACAGCAGAUGGAGAACUCAGUCCUCAAGAAGAGAAGACAAUUAAAGCAAUUGUUGAUGCAAGUGCCUAUCCGCUUGCGAUAGUUCUGGUUGGAGUUGGUGAUGGACCUUGGGAAGACAUGAGAAAGUUUGAUGACAAGAUACCGGCACGUGAUUAUGAUAAUUUUCAGUUUGUUAAUUUCACAGAGAUUAUGUCGAGAAACACGAGCCCCUCUGAGAAAGAAGCUGCAUUUGCUCUUGCAGCUCUCAUGGAGAUCCCCUUCCAAUAUAAAGCAACCAUAGAAUUUGGAAUACUGGGACGUGUAACAGGGAGAGCAAAGAGAAUAGUUGCAAAACCUCCUCCUGUUCCUUAUUCUAGGGUUGCACCAACACCACCAUCACUAGCUCGUGUACCCAGCAAUACAACAGCAUCCACUGCAGAUGACCAAAACCAAUCGGCCUGCGCUGUUUGUUUGACCAAUGCAAGAGAUUUGGCCUUUGGAUGUGGGCACAUGACUUGCAGAGAGUGUGGAUACAAGUUAACCAAUUGCCCCAUGUGCCGAGAGAGAAUCACUAGUCGUCUCAGGGUGUACAGUGGAUGAUUAUAAUGAAAAUUGUGGCGCGGUUUAUGUUUUCCUUAUAAGUUUGAUUAAAGAUUGUUUAUAUUCAGAAAAAGUAAAUUGUGUAUAUUUGUUGGUUUAGUUAUAUUUAACUAUUUGUUUUAUCUAAUUAGAAGUUUAUUGUCUUUAGUAUUUCAGUAUUUACUGUAAAUACUUUGCAAGUAUCAAAAAUUGAGUUUAUAAUUCAAAUAUAUCGUAGCAGAUUUUGCUC